AGUUUUCUUCUCACUUUUCCCCACUCUCAAUUUUCUAGGGUUUUUUGGUUUGAUUCCGUUUCGAAUGCCAUGAGGGGUUCACACCCGGUCACCUCUUCCCGGCAGCCCGCCGGAAUCCCGCCGCGGUAUCCUCCUCCUACUCACCACCAGCCGCGGCAGUUUUAUAAGCCUUAUCCACGCGCCGCCGCGCCUCAGCGGCAGCGACUGCCGCUGGAGCGGCCGAAUUUCGCGGUGGACCUGCUCUCCGACCGCCGCGACUUCCCGGAGUCGUUCAUCAAGGCGGUGAUCGACCAGUGCCGGUCGAAGCCGGAGGGGUUCCGGGUGACGCCGACGAACUGCAUUGCGGCGUCGCUGUUCUACUCGCAGUGGUGCGACGCGCUCGAAGCGAUCGUCUCGCUCUGGGAGUCGCGGCUGGACCGGGUCCACAAUUUCCUCCCCCGGCUGGACGCCAAGGUCUCGGUGCCGUCGGACAGCGUGGAGCUCGAGGAGCGGCUGAAGGCGCUGUUCGCCGGAAGAAUCAGGGAGCUGAUCGACGGCGGCGAGGUGAACAAGUGUGAGGAGAGGCGGCAGAAGCUGGCGAGGGAGUACGAGCGAGUUCAGAAGAUGAUGAAGAAGCCACAGAGGCGUUGGGAGGACGUGGCGGCGAUGGUGGAGAGGGCAAGAGUUGAGCUUGGGUUGGUGGAGAGGAGAAUCAGAGAGUUCAGGUCUGGUAUGAACUGUUUGCUUGCUCAUGUGGAAGGGAAGGAGCUGGAGGAGUAUGGUGAAGUAGGGAUGAAGCUGUUUAAAUUCGACGAAAUUCGGGAUUGGAGUAAAAUCCAGAGGUUUAUGACGAGGGAAUGCCGCCGCCUCGAAGAGGGCUUGCCUAUUUAUGCUCACCGGCAGCAGAUUCUUGAGCAGAUUAAUUAUCAGCAGGUCAUGGUGUUGAUCGGAGAGACUGGUUCAGGGAAGAGUACACAAUUGGUUCAGUUUCUUGUUGAUUCUGGAAUAGCUGCUGGUGGGUCCAUCGUAUGCACUCAGCCUCGCAAGAUUGCUGCCAAUUCAUUGACAAAGAGGGUCAAAGAAGAAAGUAGUGGGUGUUAUGAAGAAGACACAGUUACCAGUUAUCAGCCAUCGCCUGAACAGCAGUUCAAGAAGGUAACAUAUAUGACAGACCACUGUUUACUGCAGUGCUACAUGAACAAUACAAAUUUUUCUGGGAUUUCUUGCAUCAUAGUUGAUGAGGCUCAUGAAAGGACCUUGAGUACUGAUCUCCUGUUAGCAUUGAUCAAAGAUUUACUUGGUCGAAGGCCUCAGUUACGGCUUAUUAUAAUGUCUGCAACAGCUGAUGCAGAAGUGCUUUCACAUUAUUUUUUCAAGUGUGAAAUCUUUCAUGUAGUGGGAAGGAACUUUCCAGUUGAUGUAAGAUAUGCUCCUCCUUCUACAGAAGGAACUGCCAGUAAUGUUGCUUCUUAUGUUUCUGAUGUGAUGAGGGUAGCAAGGGAGAUCCACAAAAAUGAGAAAGAAGGAACAAUUCUUGCCUUUUUGACUUCCCAGAUGGAAGUCGAAUGGGUCUGCGAGAAGUUUAUAACACCUGGUGCAAUUGCAUUGCCAUUGCAUGGUAAACUUUCUUUUGAAGAACAGUCUAAUGUUUUUCAAAAUUACCCUGGAUUAAGAAAAAUUAUAUUCGCGACAAAUCUGGCAGAGACAUCCCUGACAAUUCCUGGUGUAAGAUAUGUGAUUGAUUCUGGCAUGGUCAAAGAAAGCAAGUUUGAACCUGGAAGUGGUAUGAAUGUUCUCAGAGUUGGCAGGAUUAGCCAGAGUUCAGCUAAGCAAAGAACUGGGCGUGCUGGAAGAACGGAACCUGGAAUAUGUUAUAGACUUUACUCAGAAUAUGAUUUUCAGGCAAUGCCUCCUUGUCAGGAGCCUGAGAUCCGUAGAGUUCAUCUUGGUGUAGCAGUUCUGAGGAUUCUGGCUUUGGGUGUCAAGAAUUUAAAAGAAUUUGAAUUCAUUGAUGCACCUUGUUCUGAAGCUAUAGACAUGGCAAUGAGGAAUCUUGUUCAGUUAGGAGCUGUUAAGCGACACAAUGAUGUCUACGAGCUAACUUUAGAAGGUCGCCGCUUGGUUAAAUUAGGCGUUGAGCCUAGGCUUGGGAAGCUUAUUCUCGGCUGCUGUCACUAUAACUUGCGCAAGGAGGGCCUUGUUCUUGCGGCUGUAAUGGCAAAUGCAAGUAACAUAUUUUGCAGAGUUGGUAAUGAUGAAGAGAAACUUAGGUCAGACUGCUUCAAGGUGAAAUUUUGCCAUCGUGAUGGUGACCUCUUUACGCUUCUAUCAGUGUACAAGACAUGGGAAGCAUUGCCUCGAGAACGGAAAAAUUCGUGGUGUUGGGAAAACAGCAUCAAUGCCAAAACUAUGAGAAGAUGUCAAGACACUGUGGGGGAACUGGAGUCUUGCCUUAAACAUGAACUCAGUAUCAUAAUUCCUAGCAGCUGGCGUUGGAAUGGGAAUGUUUCAACCGACUGUGAUAAGUGCUUGAAAAAGGUGAUACUCUCUUCCCUGGCAGAAAAUGUAGCAAUGUUCUUAGGGUAUGAUCAAGUUGGUUAUGAGGUGGCGUUAACUGGGCAGCACGCUCGGCUGCACCCUUCUUGUUCAUUGCUGGUAUUCGGCCAGAAACCUAGUUGGGUUGUUUUUGGUGAGCUUCUCUCAAGUUCUAAUCAGUAUUUGUCCUGCGUCACUUCCAUUGAUUUUAAUUCUUUGUCUACACUUGAUCCUCCUCCUGUGUUUGAUGUGAUAAAGAUGGAGGAUCGAAAGUUACAACUGAAAGUGUUGACUGGUUUUGGCAGUUGUUUGCUUAAAAGAUUUUGUGGGAAGAGCAACUGUUAUCUGCAUCAUCUUGUGUCUCGUGUUAGAACAAUCUGCAGAGAUGACCUUAUCAGUAUUAAAGUUGAUUAUUAUCAGAAUGAGAUUAUGGUGUUCGCUACCUCACAUAACAUGGAUAGGGUUAUGAACUUUGUAUCCGAUGCAUUGGAGUGUGAAAAAAGAUGGUUGCGUAAUGAAUGCUUGGAGAAAUGCUUAUAUCAUGGUUCUGGUGGCUUGCCUCCUGUUGCAUUGUUUGGUGCCGGAGCAGAGAUCAAGCAUCUGGAGCUUCGUAAAAGGUGUUUGACUGUUGACAUAUUUCAUUCUAAACUGGACGACAUGGAUGAUAAGGAGUUUCUUAGUGAGCUUGAAGGGUCUGCCUUUGGUUGUAUUUGUGGUCAUCAUAAACUCCCCAGUACUGGGCAGGAAAGUGUUGACAAAGGAAAGGGGGCCAGGUUGACGUUUCUUACUCCUGAUGCAGCACAGAAAGCUGUUGAACUAAAUGAAUCUGAGUUCAAAGGUUCUAUACUGAAGGUUGUUCCUUCACAGGUUGGAGGUGAUCAUAAAGUUUUUCCACUCCUUGCUGUUAGGGCUACUGUUUUAUGGCCUCGCAGGCCAAGCAACGGGUUUGCAAUUGUUAAAUGUGACAUGGAUGAUGUUCUCUUCAUGCUUGAAGAUUUUUCUAACCUUCUAAUAGGAGGAAGAAAUAUUCGUUGUGAACCUAGCAAAAGAGACAUGGACUCUCUUGUUAUCAGUGGAAUAAAUAAAGACCUUUCUGAGAAAGAAAUCUUCGAUGUGCUAAUUUCUGCUACUAGUAAGACAAUCCUGGAUUUUUUUCUGGUGAGAGGGGAUGCUGUAGAAAAUCCGCCAUGUGGUGCUUGUGAAGAAUCACUGCUAAAAGAAAUUUCACCCUAUAUGCCUAAACAGUACUCCCAUAGUAACUGCAGUGUUCAGGUUUUGCAGCCUGAACCAAAGAGUCCUUUCAUGAAAGCAUUGAUAACAUUUGACGGAAGAUUACACCUGGAGGCGGCAAAAGCUUUGGAGCAGUUGGAUGGGAAAGUAUUGCCCGGCUUCUUUCCAUGGCAAAAGAUCAUGUGUCAGCAGUUAUUUCAUAGCUCUCUGUCGUGCCCUGGCCCUGUAUAUCGUGUGAUAAAGAAGCAGCUAGAUCCUUUGCUUGAAAGUUUUACGCAUCUAAAAGGUGUAGAAUGUAAUCUGGAGGAGUAUCCUAAUGGUUCCUGCAGAGUUAAGAUAUCAGCCAAUGCUACAAAAACAAUUGCAGAUCUGAGAAGACGUGUCGAGGUGCUUGUGAAGGGGAAGACUAUCAACAACCCAAGCCUCACUGCAACUGUUUUGCAGCUUCUGUUUUCCAGAGAUGGCAUCAGUCUAAUGUACUCAUUACAGCGAGAGACAGGAACAUAUAUAAUAUUCGAUAGGCGAAAACUCAAUGUGCAGGUCUUUGGUUCCUCAGAUAAAGUUGAUAUGGUUACGCAGAAAUUGGUUGAAUCCCUUUUGAACCUCCACGAAAGCAAGGUGCUUGAGGUCCGUCUUCAAGGAAAUGCUUUACCUCCCGAGUUGAUGAAAGAGGUUGUUAGCAGGUUUGGUCCAGACCUCCGGGGGCUCAAAGAGAAGGUAACAGGGGCUGAGUUUACUCUAAAUGUUUGCCGUCAAUCCAUUCUCAUCCACGGAAGCAUGGAGUUGAAGCAAAGAGUUGAAGAGAUUAUUGAUGAGAUUGCACAGACAGCUGGUACUGGUUUGACUAAGAGGAUAAGUAAAGAAGCCGAUUGUCCAAUCUGUUUGUGUGAUGUUGAAGAUGGUUACCGGCUUGUGGACUGUGGUCACUUAUUUUGUCGUUCGUGUUUGGUGGAGCAGUGCGAGUCUGCAAUCCAUAAUCAUGACAAUAGCUUUCCAUUAUGCUGCACACAUGAGGGUUGCGGGUCUCCAAUUUUGAUCACAGAUCUCAGAUCUCUUUUGUCAAUUGAGAAGCUAGAAGAUCUCUUUAGGGCUUCACUCGGUUCAUAUGUUGCUUUGAGUGGUGGCACCUACAGGUUUUGCCCGUCUCCUGACUGCUCUUCGGUCUAUCAGGUAGUAGCUCCUGGAACAGAAGCUGAACCAUUUGUUUGCGGUGCAUGUUAUGCGGAGACAUGUACCAUGUGCCAUUUAGAGCAUCAUCCCUACAUGUCAUGCGAGCAGUACAAGGAGUUCAAGGAAGAUCCAGAUUCUUCACUGAAGGAAUGGUGCAAAGGAAAAGAACAUGUGAAGAGCUGCCCCGUAUGCAGAUAUACAAUUGAGAAGAUAGAUGGGUGCAACCAUAUAGAAUGUCGGUGCGGGAAGCAUAUUUGCUGGGUCUGUCUGGCCCAUUAUGGAAGCAGCGAUGAAUGUUAUGGCCACUUGAGAAGUGUUCACUUAGCAAUCAUAUGAACGAAGGCUGGCUUAUAUCGUCGAUGUAAAAGUAGAAAAGUCUAAUAUAGGUAAUACAGAGUUCCUUAUGCAUAUAUAUAUAUAUAUAUAUAUGUAGGUAGAGUUUGCGCUUUCUGUACAGUGCUUGUACUUGAUAGUCGAUGCUAGCUAAGUUUAUAUCCAUCCAUCCCAUCUGGAUUUGAAGUUAUAUGAAGCUCAGUUUUCAGUG